AUGUCAUCAGCAGCAGGAGAGGCUGAAAAGCCCGUGAAUGUACAAAAUGGAGACAAAGCAGCAGGCGCACCGAAGAAGGAGAAGGCAUCGAAACAAGAAGCUGGAAAGAAGGAUGAAGGAGCAGCAGAGGGUGACAGCAAGAAGAUCUCGGGCGCCGAGUUGAAGAAGCAGAAGCAGGCCGAAAAGGCUGCGCGACGCGAAAAGGAAAAGGCCGAACGUAUGGCCCAGCUCGGACAGACGGCAACAGCACCACAGACUCCUGCAAAGGGCACAAAGGGUGGUGAUGCGAAGAAGGGCGGAGAGGCANGCACCGAAGGGUGGCCCUGCUCAGGGUCAGGCACAACACAAGAAGGGANNCAAUCCCAGGGCGGAAACCUGCCUAUGCGCGGCAAGCCUGGACCCGGGNGAGUCAUUCCCAUGACUCAACAGCAGCAACCGCAACGGAAGACGAAAGAGGUUGGCUUGUUUGGCCACCUUUACACGUCAGCCCCCAAGCGAAACACUAUGGAGGGCGUGAGCAAGGAAGUCCAUCCUGCUGUCCUGGCAUUGGGCCUGCAGAUGAGCUCGUUCACCGCUAUUCUCGACUACCAAACACCACACAACACCUCGCUCGCCCGCCAUCUCACAUCGCACUACCUCUCCCCUCAGAUCGACUACCUCAAGUCUCACCGUCCCAUCUCUGUCUCUAUGGGUAAUGCCAUUCGCUGGCUGAAGGAUCUUAUCAUCAAGAUCGAUCCUGACACGCCAGAAGCAAGCGCAAAAGAAGACAUCUGUGCCGCCAUUGACACGUUUAUCCGAGAACGCAUCACCGUAGCUGAUACUGCCAUUGCUGCAACUGCAUGUGCGAAGAUUCGCAACAACAGCACCAUCGUCACAUACGCAAAGUCGUCGAUCGUUGAGAAGACACUGCUGCGCGCUUGGGAAUCGGGCACCCGCUUCAAGGUUGUUGUCGUCGACUCGCGCCCACUGUUCGAAGGCAGGAAUCUUGUGCGACGACUCGCCAAUGCUGGUAUCCCCGUGACCUAUCUUAUGGCCGCUGCUGCUCCUCACGCUCUCAAGGAUGCCGAUCUGGUCCUCCUGGGCGCUCACGCCAUGAUGGCCAACGGUCGUUUGUACUCGCGCGUCGGUACUGCCGCAGUCGCCAUGCUGGCUCAUUUCCGCGACAUCCCAGUCAUCGUGCUUUGCGAAAGUAUCAAGUUCACCGAUCGGGUUGCCCUCGACAGUAUUGUCUUGAACGAAGUCGCCCCAGCCGAGCAAUUAAUUCCUGUCUCCAAGUCUGUCCCAGCCCCUGCAGCAGUCGAUGCCAAGAAGGACGACAAAGAAGAAGAUUCACAAGCAAAGCUGGAGAACUGGCGCGACAUGCCAAAUCUGCAACUGCUGAAUAUCCUUUACGACGUCACGCCUGCUGCGUAUGUCAACAUGGUCAUCACCGAGUAUGGAUCAUUGCCGCCUAGCUCUGUACCUGUUGUGCAUCGCAUCAGUACCGAGAGAGACGUCAGACUGUAA